GAUCUUUAGUGACCUUAUGUCAGCAUGAGUUCUCAUCAUGAAAACUAUUUAACAUCACCUCAUAGAGAGAGAGAGAGAGAGAGAGAAAGAGGAACACCAGGAGCACCGCUUAGUUGUUUGGGAUCUCUUUGGUUUGUAAUUAUCUUGAUAUGAUGAACAGCAUUAGUUUAGUGUGUCUGCUGAUGUGGACGGGAGUUUCUUCUUUCAUGUUUGAUAAUUUGACUCAAUAUGUCAACAGUCAUGAAGAGGAGUUUAUAGAGACGUUGAGAAAAUGGGUUUCAAUUGAAAGUGAUUCGAGUGAUAUAUCAAAGAGAUCUGACUUACACAGAAUGAUGGAGGUGACGGCAGAGAAACUCCGUCUCAUUGGAGGAGCUGUAGAGAUGGUGGACAUCGGGAUGCAGACGAUAUCCAAUGGAAGCACUAUAGAGCUGCCAAAAGUAGUCACAGCUCAGUUUGGCAGUGAUGCCACUAAACACACCGUUUGUAUUUACGGUCACGUGGACGUUCAGCCGGCAAAGAAAGAGGAUGGAUGGGCGACUGACCCGUACCAACUCACAGAUAUCAAUGGAAAUCUCUACGGAAGAGGAGCUUCUGAUAACAAAGCACCGGUGUUGGCCUGGAUCCAUACAGUGGAGGUCUACAAAGCCCUCAAUAUUGAGCUGCCCGUGAACGUUAAAUUUAUUAUUGAGGGAAUGGAGGAGACAGGAUCUGAUGGUUUGGAUGCUAUGAUCGUGGCUCAGAAAGACACUUUCUUCUCAGAUGUGGAUUAUAUCAUCAUCUCUGACUGCGGCUGGUUGAGCAGAAGACCGGCGCUCACCUACGGCACAAGAGGAAACUGUUACUUCUUAGCUGAGGUGAGCGGACCGAAGAAGGAUUUACACUCCGGUGUCUAUGGAGGCACAGUAAUCGAGCCAAUGAUAGAUCUGAUCGGCAUUAUGGACAAACUCAUCAGUCCCAGUGGAAAGAUCCUGAUCCCGGGCAUCCGAGAAGCGGUCGCACCUCUCUCCGAUGAGGAAUGGAAGAUUUAUCAAGACAUCGAGUUUGACGUGGAGCGCUACAAGGAAGACAUCGGCAUCAGUGAACUCAUGUACAACAACAAGGUUGAUCUGCUUGCCCAUCGCUGGCGUCACCCAACCCUGUCCAUCCACGGCAUCGAGGGAGCUUUCUCUGCACCCGGUACCAAAACCGUCAUACCAGCCAAAGUCACAGCCAAGUUCUCGAUUCGUCAGGUACCCAAUAUGGAUCCGGCCGUGGUUGAGAAACAGGUGACAGAUUAUCUGAACUCUGUGUUUGCCAAACGAAAGAGCCCCAAUAAACUCAAUGUGACGAUGGUUAUUGGGGCUAAGCCUUGGUUGGCUGAUGUCAACAACCCGUUGUAUGAAGCUGGAAAAGCAGCAGCCAAAAGAGUUUUUAAUGUUGAUCCUGAUAUGAUCCGUGAGGGAGGAACCAUUCCCAUUGCUCGAAGCUUUCAGGACGUGACAGGCAAGAGCAUCAUAAUGCUUCCUAUUGGUGGUUUUGAUGAUGGAUUGCACUCCCAGAAUGAAAAGAUAAGCAGAUACAACUACAUAGAGGGCACUAAGCUGUUUAUUGCCUACUUGCAUGAGGUGUCCAAAAUUAAGAAGAACUGAUCACAUAAUGUCAUGCUUGUUCUGAAAAACAUCAAUAAAUACCUGUGUCUGAUCUACAGCUGUACCAUUACCUGUUGUAACACAUAAUAGCGUAAUGUUUCUCUUUCGUAAUGCAUUUUCUGUAUUUAAAAUAAAAACGAAAAUUAUGUUCAUAAUAAACGUUUAUGUAGUCUAAA